AUGUCGCCAACGACUGUGACUGAGUUGUGGGCAUCUGUGAUCUCUGCCCUAGGCAGCAUCAUGCUUUUGUGGACACUCUAUCCACAAUAUUUUCCUAAAGAGCUUCGAGAAUUCUUCAAUAAAUAUACAAGCAUAAUCAUCAGCUACUUCAAUCCCUACAUAAAUAUUUCGUUCUCUGAGGCCUCAGAAGAUCGGUUCAAGCGUAGCGAUGCCUAUUUAACUGUUGAGACUUACCUCAGCACCAAAGCUCCCAAGACAGCUAAACGACUCAAAGCAGAGUUGGGUAAAGAUAGCAGCAAAGUGGUUUUGAGCCUGGAUGCGCAUCAAACCGUGGCAGAUGAGUUUCGUGGUGUUAAGAUUUGGUGGGAGGUAAAACAAGAAGUCAAAACAUCAAGAUCCUUCUAUACUCCUCGCCAGGAGACCACGAUGUCGUACAUGCUCACGUUUCAUAAGAGAUAUCGUGACCUAAUCAUUGAGUCAUAUUUGGAGCAUGUUAUGAAGGAAGGGAAGGAAAUUGGUGUGAGGAAUCGGCAGAGGAACGUCCAACCAGCUUGCAAGAUUUACAUUGCAUAA